AUGAAGGCAAGUGACGUAUUAAAGAAAGAGAUAAUAUACAAAUGGGCAGAGGAAAUCGUGAAAGAAAUAGAAGAAGACUCUAUUUUGAUUUUAAAGUACGACCUCGUGGUGACCACGUGGCUGGAAGAGAUAAACAAGCUGAUCUCAAUGGUCAAAAUAAAGAACGCGUGCACAAGACUCACCUGUCCAAAGUCUUGCCCCACGUGCGUGAACGUAAUCGACAUUAUAAGAAAAGAAAAAAGAGCUGUCUGCAUAAACUGCAAGUCUCUUAAGCUGCUGUAUGUGAAAGUGAGCGAAAUGAGGUACCACCCCGUAAAGCUUAUUACAAUUGGAAGAGAAGUGGCAGAGUUCUUUGAAGAGGCAGAGGAUGUCGACAUUAUUGACGCAAACGAGAGCAAAGUGUUUCUGCCCCCCAAGCUGUACAGCUUUAUCAAGACAGUGGACAGGGAGUACUUGAGCCCCGUGCUGAUCGUAAGGAUGCUGAGGUAUUUGGAGCACGAGAAAAGUGCGCGAAAGAACAGGAACAUUGACGAGAUCAUCCACGGGCUCCGCGUGAGCUUCUUAUUUGACCCGGUGCACAUAGAGACAACGCGUCUGAAUCUGUACAGACAGAAUAAGGCGGAAAAACAGGCAGUAUCAAAGUAG